UUAGAAACAGAGAGUUUAAAGAAGUAAUCUCAAUAAUAAUGGAGGGAAAGGAGGAAGAUGUCCGAUUGGGAGCCAACAGGUUCACUGAGAGGCAGCCGAUUGGGACAGCAGCACAGAGCCAAGACGACGGCAAGGACUACCAAGAGCCUCCACCGGCGCCUCUGUUCGAGCCGGACGAGCUCACUUCAUGGUCCUUCUACAGAGCCGGAAUCGCCGAGUUUUUAGCCACUUUCCUCUUCCUCUACAUCACUGUUUUGACCGUCAUGGGCGUCGUCCGCUCCAACGAAAUCAACGGCAAUACCUGUAAGACUGUCGGGAUUCAGGGGAUUGCUUGGGCUUUUGGUGGUAUGAUUUUUGCUCUGGUUUACUGUACCGCUGGAAUCUCUGGUGGCCACAUUAACCCGGCGGUGACUUUCGGGCUGUUUCUGGCGAGGAAGCUAUGGAUUUUCUGGGUGGGACCAUUCAUCGGAGCAGCAUUGGCAGCUUUAUACCAUCAAGUGGUGAUCAGAGCCAUUCCCUUCAAAUCCAAGUGA